AUGGAACGCGAUAUCUUUAUGGAUGGGUAUAUCUCAUAUACAUUUGGUGCCGAGAAAGCGGAUCGGCACUUCCGCAGUCUCCUGAAGGUUCCGACACUAGGCCCCGACGAUGUCGGCUAUAGCGAUGCUCAGUCCCACUUUGAUGUCACUGUUGCUGGACGCUCCUUGGUGCUUGACCUACGCGUGGAUCUGCAGCGAGGGUCCAUUGUCCCGCAAGAAUUCUGGCAGCCAAAAAGCGAGGCCAUCCACAUUCUCCAUGUUUCAAAUGCCACACUGUGCAUGCCAACUUUCUUCAUCCGUCAGGAUGGAUCGAUUGGUGUACCUCUGGCCGAUGCCGUAGAAGGUGACUUGCGGGGCAUACGAGAUGCCGGUACACACGUCAAGCUCGGUGGUCGCGCCAGUAUUCACCUGAGGAUGAAUUGGCCAGGAUAUAGUACCAGGGCCUGGAAAAAGCAGUUCUCGACGAAGGAUGAGACCCAGGCAAGAAAGCCUAUCACUGUGAACAGAUUUGUGGGCCACAUUGGCCGGUCGGUGGAUGCAUUCAUCAAGGCAGCGAGUCUGAUGCCAACUUCAAACCAGCAAUGGAAACUCGGGAAAGACGGAUUUGGACGUGGAGAUAUCAUUCUGAUAGGAGCAGUGCAUGUAUCAGCGGGUAUCUUGAUGCCUAUCCUUCAGGUGAAUCGACAUGUGCUCGAUGUUUCUCUGCCUCCAGAAUUGGAUCGGCUCAUACAGUCCAUGUGA